AUCCAUAAAUGGACCAUCCUCCACUACAGUCCCUUUAAAGCCGUCUGGGACUGGCUGAUCCUCCUGCUGGUCAUCUACACGGCCAUCUUCACCCCUUACUCGGCUGCCUUCCUUCUGAACGACCAGGAAGAGUCAUCCAAUGAAAACUGCAGCUAUUCCUGCAACCCACUGAGCGUGGUGGACCUUAUCGUGGACAUCAUGUUCAUCAUCGACAUCCUCAUUAACUUCCGCACCACCUACGUCAACUCCAACGAAGAAGUGGUCAGCCACCCAGGCAAAAUCGCCAUCCAUUACUUCAAAGGCUGGUUCCUCAUCGACAUGGUGGCCGCCAUACCCUUCGACCUCUUGAUCUUUGGCUCUGGAACCGAGGAGCUGAUUGGCCUGCUGAAGACGGCCCGCCUCCUGCGCUUGGUACGCGUAGCCCGUAAGUUGGACCGGUACUCGGAGUACGGAGCAGCCGUCCUCUUCCUCCUCAUGUGCACCUUCGCCCUCAUCGCUCAUUGGCUGGCCUGCAUCUGGUACGCCAUCGGUCACAUGGAACACUACGACCCGGAAUAUCGAUCGAUCGGCUGGCUGUAUUCGCUGGGCACUCAGAUCAUGAAGCCGUACAACAGCAGCAACCUGAAGUCGGGGCCGUCCAUCAACGACAAAUACGUCACGGCCCUCUACUUCACCUUCAGCAGUCUGACCAGCGUGGGCUUCGGGAACGUGUCCCCCAACACCAACUCCGAGAAGAUCUUCUCCAUAUGCGUCAUGCUGAUCGGGUGUAAGUAG